AAAUAUUAAUACGCAUGGUACGAGCAAAUUGUGGAUUUUACAUAUGAAUGAAGCUAAACAAUAAUCAAUAAAAACGUAUUGUUUUAAUCAUUCAACUUAGGUCAUCGUUCCGUAAAGCCAGCGCAAUUCAGCUAUAAGCGUAGAGUCGCCCAUCGUAGUUCUUGGCGAUCUGCGCCGCUCCUCCGCGUUGAGCGUCGCCUGAGUUGCUCCGGGUACCUCCUUCGUAUUGCUGGCUGAGAGAGAUGGGCUGAGGCGGAGAAGGGCGACCCCCACCAGCAACAGCCAGGCGGCAAUCGAGGCCACACACUGCGGCUAGGAGUUCUUGUUUGCCCUUCUCUCCCCCCCCGCGCCCUCCUCGACUCCUCUCCUCUUCCGUUUUUUUUUGGCCUGGAGCAGGCCAGGGAAUGUCCCGGCGGCGCCAUGCCUUACGUGGACCGGCAGAACCGCAUCUGUGGCUUCCUGGACAUCGAGGAGCACGAGAGCAGCGGCAAGUUCCUGCGGCGCUACUUCAUCCUGGACACGCAGCAGGGCAGCCUGGUGUGGUUCAUGGACAACCCGCAGAAUCUUCCGGCUGACGCCGACUGCGUCGGCUCCCUCAAGCUUACUUACAUUUCAAAGGUGAGCGAUGCCACUAAGUUGAGGCCGAAGGCGGAGUUCUGUUUUGUCAUCAAUGCUGGGAUGAGGAAGGUCUUCCUGCAGGCCAACGAUCAGCAGGACCUGGUGGACUGGGUCAACGCGCUCAAUAAAGCCACCAAGAUCACGGUUCCAAAAGCCUCCGAUAGUCAGCAGAAUUCCGAGAACCACAAGUCUUUGCUGGAUGCCGUAGGACCCAAGAAACAAGUGUCCUAUAAAACGGAGAUCAUCGGAGGAGUUCCCAUUGUGACCCAGACGCAGCAUGAAGGCGGCGACGGGGCAGAGCGAGCGGAACGCGAGGCCAUGCACCGCUCGCACAGCCAGCUGCCCUACUUCCUGGGUAGGCCGACCCAGGACCACACGGUCAUCAAGUCGGGCUACUGCGUCAAGCAAGGCGCCGUGAUGAGGAACUGGAAACGGCGAUAUUUUCUCCUCGAGGAAAACUCCAUGAGCUACUUCAAGUCCGAUCUGGAAAAAGAGCCGCUGAGGAUGAUCCCGCUGAAGGAAGUUCACAAAGUGCAAGAGUGUAAACAGAGUGACAUUAUGAUGCGUGACAAUUUGUUUGAGGUUGUCACCACGUCCAGGACGUUUUACAUACAGGCCGACAGUCCGGAGGAGAUGCACAGCUGGAUCAAGGCCGUUUCGGGGGCUAUCGUGGCCCAGCGCGGACCCGGGAGGUCGGCCGCCACAAUGCGGCAGGCCAGACGGCUGUCGAACCCCUGUAUACAGAGGUAUACGUCUCGAAUUGGGGAGUGCAGCAGCACCCUGCUGCAGCUGUGCACCUGUCUUAGAUGUGUGACUUCCUGCUUGUGUCUCCUCCUCCCUUCCGUCCGAAGCCUGAGCACAGCGGCCGCUCCACAUUCUACCGCAGCCCCGCGGGCCCCCCCAUCCCUCGCUCGCCCGUAUCCGCCGCGCCACCCCGCCAGCCAGAUUGGGGCGAUGCCGGCGGCGUCGCGUGCGGCCCACGCUCGCAGCCUGGCGUGGGACAGCGAGCACUUCAUGAGCCUGCUGCCCCAACCCGCUCGCAGUCGCACCCCGGCCCGCCUCUCCCUGCAGGAGACCCGCCUGGCCAAGUGAGCCCGUGCGCCGAGGAGUCGCCGUGGCGCCGGCGCAGCGCCCUGGAGCCGCACGUGCCCGAGCCGCCCUUGGACCUGGAUGACGCCGACCUGCCGGUGAGCGAGGUCUGACCAAAGGAGUUUUGAAACGGCCCGACGCGACGAGUAAGCUUUUCCGUGGACACGAGGUGGCCGUCGUUGAACUUAAAGGCUCCUCCCGGUGCUGGCGGCGCUAACCGCACACACGCAAAAGUCGGGUACAUCCUCUGAACUCGUGUGCCAAAGAUGACCCGGUAUUUCAUCUACAGUCCAACUGCUCAUCUAUUAACUGCGGCGUAUUUAUGUGACAAGCUAAAUGACUCGCGGGCACUUUUCGCUGUGACAUCAGACCACUUCAGCGCAGUCGUUUCCUGGACUUACCUUCAUAUCUGCUACGUAUAUUCACUAAUAGUGUCGUAAUGAAGAGCUAAAUUGAGCGAAAAGAAGCGUGAGACAGACUGAAGAAGAAAAAAAAAUACACCGGCCGAGAUGCUAAAAUGUUAAUGUAAGCAGACCGGCGAGCAAUCGUUUUUAUUUGUAUAGCUCGUUUCAUGUACAAGACAUUUCAAAGUGCUUCACAUCAAACAUUAAAAGCAUUACAGAAAGAGAAAAGAAAUAUUAAGCCGUGACUAAAGUCAUCGAAAAUAUCGAAAGUCAUUAAAAUCAAGCAUCAGUCUCGAUACAUUUUUAAAAUGGCGUACAAAUGAGGAUCAAAAACGAGACGAGAAAAAAAAAAAGACAAUUCUGCAGUAAAUAAGCUCUGAUUUAAAUGAAGUGACGUCAAAGUCAUUUUCGGAGGAACUGCCGUCUUGGCUGAUUGGAAUACCGUAGGCAAGCUAGUGGAACUAUCGAGCAUUUCUCAAAAUUUCUUAUAGCAGCAGUGCGGAAAGAAUACGGCCUGCUCAUUUUUUAAAAGAAAUCUUUUCAUUUUGUUUUUAUUUGGCGUACGGAGCAUUUAUGAUGCUCUAUUUAUUGGAUUAAUUUAGUCUCAAAUUGCUUUUAUUGAUCCCAAAAAAAUAAGAAUAAUUUAUAUCAUUUCAUAAUUGAUGAAUUGAUCCAUUUUACAUCUACCGGUACUUUUAAUUGAGUAAAUUAACAGUUACAGUUGAAUUCAUUCUACAAACCCAAUUCCAAUGAAUUUGGGAUGUUGUGUUGAGCACAGAAACAGAAUACAAUAAUUUGCGAAUCACAUUCCACCAAAACGUCAUUGAAUACGCCACAAAGACGAGAUAUGUAACCUUCAAACUGAUCAGCGUCAACGUGUUGCAGCCAUAAAGUUUGAAGGGAAUGAUUAAUCGCUCAAAACAAUAAAGUUGGUCAGUUUGAACAUUAAAUAUCUAGGAGUGUAUAGUGUAGUGCAUCCAGGUCCGAACUUUGUUGGAAUUGGGUUUUUAAAUAAAAUGUCAAAAUGUGAACACAAUUUUUGAAAUGCACACAUUUUCAUAUUGCAUAUCCAUUCUUGCCACUAAACUGGAGCGUCAAAGUUAACAAUUAAAGCCCUCAUACUGUACCCAAAACCGGCACUGUACGUUAAAUCGUGGUAGUUUCACUUGCGUCCUGUCGGUGUCAGUAGAAUGCACGGAGAAAACUAUUGUCGACUGUUAAAACCAAUCAAGAUGACACUUUCAGCCGUCCGAAUCGGAAUGCUAAUGCUAAACACGCUUUGUUAUCACAAGUAAGAUUCAAACUCACUCACGUUGUGUCUUCGUUAAGUUUGUUAGCAUCUCCUGACAUUAGCGAAUACAGGUAGCAGAAGCAAAUGUCGCUCAGGGGGGAGGAUCCAAAGUGGUCCGGCAGCAUUGUGGAGAAAAAAAAAAGCUCUUAUUGUCUUUAAGGAUUUCGAAGCUGUGUUUAGCUUCGACCAUUAAGUGCCAAGAAUUAAAAGGGAGCAUUUAGGGAUCCCAAAAAACAAAAAAAGGACUGAACAUGUUGUCUCUCUGAAUAUAAAUAAGCUGAGUGCUUCUUACACUCUCUCAACACUGGAUUGAACCUGUUGUUGUUUUUGUUUGUUUGUUUAUGUCACUCUCAAUCUUGCUGUUUUGAUUUGUCACACAUAGAUUCCAGACAGUUUUAGGACUACCUGCAACUAACUAUGCCUAAUAGUAUAAAUGCUUACGUCAUUUUUGGUGUGUUUUUGCAAAACAUCAAAAUUCACACUUGGUGGAUUUCCAUGAUCUACAUCACUGAAAAUCUGGACAGACGUAACAGAAAUCACCCCCCCCCCUUUUUUUUUUUUUAGAAAGCACAUCGCUAUUUUGUAUUGCUGUCUUACAUUAUGUUAAAAAUGACUUUGGCUAAGACGCUAUUAGGUUAACAAUAUUAACACGUGUGUUGAUGCUAAAUGUGUGUGCUUGUGUGUGUUGCUGCACAGCUGUAUUUGAUUUUCUCAAGAGUUUGAAGACAAAUAUUUCGUCACGCUCAAUUAGCCUCACUGCUAACACUAGCACACCAGUCUGAGGCACUGCGAAUUUUUGUUCCUCGUUGUGCUGUAUUCUUUUUGUUUUUUAAAACGUGUUUUAAACAACAGGGAUGGGCAAUAUAAUUGAUCAGUUGUGCAGUAUUGUUGUUUAAUCACGUCAUCAAGCCAUGGAGAAAAACGGCAGUGCUCGGUUCUUGUUUUAUUCUUAGCUAGCUUGCUAUGCUUUUCUAAAGAAGCACAAUAACAUUGAUUAAUUGCCCGUUUCUCGAGUGUGUUCAUCCAGAGCCGCUCUGUGUGCGCGUGUGUGUGUUUUUAGAUUAAAGUGGUGUGAUUUA